UUCAAGAUGGCGGCCGUUGUAGGACGUAAAGCUCUUAAAAUUACUCCUGCUAUUUCUACUCUUACGAAUCAAAAUUUACGACCUACACUAUGCAGUUCAAAAGUUAACUUAUUUAUAAUUAUGAAGAGGAUGGCAGGUCAUAGCCACUGGGCAAAUAUCAAGUUCAAAAAGGCUCAUAUUGACUUUGCUCGAAGUAAACUGUUCGGGAGGCUAACAGCUGAAAUAAUGACUGCUGUAAGGGAAGGAGCAGCAGAUGUAUCAUUAAACCCACGACUUGAAGCAGUAAUUGAACGUGCCAAAGCAGCAAAUAUGCCAAAAUCCAAUAUAGAAAAUGCAAUUAAGUCUGGUCAAGGGAACAAAGACAACCCUUUGUCUCAAUUCCUUCUUGAAGCAAGAGGACCUGGUGCUUGUGGGCUCCUGAUUGAUAUUGUAACAACCAACAAAGUCAGAGCAAAAAUUGAUGUGGCCAGUAUUUUAAAAAGAAAUGGAGGAACAAUGAAAGAAGGAGGGUCUGUACUUUUUCAGUUUGAAAGUAAAGGAGUUGUAACAAUUGAAGAUUAUUUAUAUAAGGAGGAUUUACAUAAAGGAGGAUACCCAGAUGAUGAUAUAGUAGACAAGGUAGAAGAACUAGCAAUAGAGGCUGGUGCUGAAGAUGUUUAUUUUACACAACUGGAAGAUGAAAAACAAGUCAUUAAGUUUGUAUGUUCAUUCAAAGAAAUAAAGAAGGUUUCAGAUGGUAUCCUAUCGACAGAAGAAAAGUGCAUCAUACACUGCAAUGGACUAGAGUAUUUCCCAAAAGCUAUGGCUACAUUAACAGAACCUCAAGUAGAAAAAGCUGAUAAACUCAUUGACUUGAUAUUAAACAACCCAGAUGUCAUUCAGGUGUAUGAUAACAUUAAGGAUUAUCCAAGUUCAACUUGUAAAUUAUUUGCCGACUUGUAGCCACUUGAAAUUCUACAGAGUUUUUACUUAAUCCAGGAACAAGAUGUAAUGGUUGAUAUCCAAUAAUUGAGCAGACAGUUAGUGUUUAGUAAUGUCUAUAAGACCAGUAUCCAAUUUGUUUGUUAAAUGAAAUCACUCUUUAGUACUACAAUCAGAUAUUCACCCCAAAAUUAAUGGUGCAUGUGUGGCUGCCAAGGGCAUUGGUCUAAUAAGUGGAGCAUUUUUCCACAUAAAGCUAUCAGAUUGUA